AUGCCAUCUUCCCCUCGUUCAACCGUCUUCAUGUUUGUUUGGAUUGUACUCGCGCUGAGCUCCUUUAGCUGGCAGUGCUGUGCCGUGCGGACGUCGCUCACAUCGUCCCUUCUGCAGCUUCAGUCUGGCACCGACCGGCAUUCUCCGCAGCCGCAGCAUUACUGGCAGCAGUUAUGUGAUCAAAUUGCACCAGAGCACACCUGCGGGCAAGAGGCUUCGCCGAAUGCUCCCAGCGCUGGAAGGCCGUCUGCCGCAGAUUGCCCCAUGUGCCAUUUCGGAGCAGCUUCGGCGGCAAGGCUUUAUGCGAUCCAAAGGCGGGAUGGACUUGGCCAGCGCCUUGCGACAAUUGUCAUGGCCAUGGCGUAUGCUGCGCAGCAUCACAUGAACUUUGGCGGCAUCCUGGUUCCGAUGGCGUUCGCCCCACACGGAGUCAAUGUUUCCAGAUGCAUUGACGAGUACCUCGGCGGCGGGUACUCGGACAUGUGGCAAACUGUACAUCGUCCGCACUUUGAGCACUGCCUGCGAUCCGACCCGUUUCUUGAAAACCUUUCGCCCCCAUGGAAGGAUGGGGAUAACGUUCUGUACAAGCUGAGCUGCGGGCCGAUUGACAGUCGAAAGCAAGAUGCCGACACGUUGACGAAGCCAUUUCUGACACAGCUGCGACAGGCCACUCGGCUUUUGACACGGCCGACACCUUUCUUUUCUCUAGGCAAACGUCAUGUCGCGAUCCAUCUUCGCCGGGGCGAUAUCAUGGUGAGCCCGGACUUGGUAUCACACUUUCGACACAUUGGCGAUGGCUUCUACGUGUCACUGCUGGACGUGAUUCGGCAGGUCUUGCCGAAUGCAGAGUGCCACAUCUUCAGCACCACGGAAGGAGAAGUCGCAGCGGCCGACUUUGAUGUGUACAGGCAGAAAGGCGUGCACGUGCACUUGGAUGGUGAUGUGCUGGAUGACUGGGCACACAUGGCCCAAGCUGACUUGCUGGUGACUGCUCCAAGCAGCUUUUCUUGGGUGGCCGGGCUGUUGAACAACAGAUGCGUGGUUGCCUUUCCGCAUUACCCUCACCUUCCCGACUGGAUUGUGCUGAACGAAAGCCAAGGCCUCACAAAUCUCUCCACUCUCCGCCAGUGCAUUGCAGACAAGAUGUUGCUGUGA